GGGUUGGGAACGCGGGAUUUUAAGUGCUCAAUUUUCAUUUUGGGGAGGGGAGGCGGGAUUUUCAAUUUUCGUUUUUGAUUAAGAGUCCUUUGAACUCCUCCACCAAAUGAAGAAAAGAAUAGUCUAGAUCUGGUUAUCAAUUUCCCCUUCCUUUCUAAACCGCUGCGCAGCCGAUGAUUUCUCCAAUCAUCCCUGUAAACUAACACACCCACUGUGAAAUCUCUCUCAAUUAUUCUCUCAAUCCCAAUCUCUCCGCCCUCCAAUCCUGCGACCACCGCGACACUUUUAUCAGCGGCUAGACCUGCCACCACGACAAAGGUGAUGAUGGUCUUAGCCGCGAUACUUCCUCUUCCUCCUGCAGAUGCUUUGGCAAGAUUUGCAUGGUGGUUUUGAUUUGCUUCAUCGGUUAAGAGGAUAGCUUGCUAGAGAGAUCUAAUCGAAUCGCCGCCGGGAUCUUCUUCCUCCUCUGCCGUCAAUAAAAAUAGAUAUGCUUUCGUCGCUGUUGCAUCACUCAGGUCCUCCACUUGCAUGCCCUCCUUCUCUGCCUCCUCCCUCGCCACUCGCCGGAUCCUGAUUUUGUCGAUGCUUUUGGAGUGGUCUGUUGAUCCAGAUAUUGUGAAUCGUCACAAGCAGGUACGAAGAGGAGUCGGCAUAGUUGAAAUUUAUGAUCUUUCUAACAAUCAAGUCUUGGAUGCACAAGUUGCAAUACUUUGAAAGUUGAAUUCUCGUUUGCUGCUACGUACAACUCAUAACUCUUGAAUCAUCGUACAACUCAUAACUCUUGAAUCAUCGUAUUUUUGUUUAGGAGAUGACGAUGUAUGCCCCAAUGCUAAGCAACCUCUAUUUUUUCCACUUAUGGACUCUCAUUUCCCUUCUCUUCGAUCUUAUGUUGUACACUUCAACACUCUGUUGUUCAAAUAUCAUAUCAAUGGAAUAUUGUAC